CAAUAAUUCUUGCCUGGCUGGCUUUAGAGCGGAAGUAGCAAUAAAUAUGGCGGUCGUUCCUGGCGCUUCGCGUACCUAACAACAGUUGGUGGUCUUUUCUUAAACUGGCUUUCAACGCAGGCUGCUGAAAGACGUUGAUGUUAUUAUCAUCAAUAAAAGUGUGCAGUCAAUACAGUUCUUUGUCUUCCAUUUCAUAAUGGCAGAAGUGCAUGUAAUUGGUCAGAUUCUUGGAGCAUCAGGAUUUCCAGAUCACAGUCUUUUUUGCAAAUGGGGCAUAAAUACUAGUGGUGCCUGGAAGGUUUUGGCUGGCUUACGUGAGGGACAGACACAGGUUGACAACCCACAGAACCAUGAAGCAGCAUAUUGGGCACACCCAAUUGACAUUCACUUUGCUACAAGGGGCAUUCAGGGCUGGCCACGAAUACAUUUCCAGGUCUGGCAUCAAGAUCAAUUUGGGCGUAAUGAGUUGUAUGGAUAUGGAUUUUGCCACAUUCCAACAUCACCUGGCAUGCAUGAGAUUGAAUGCCCAACAUGGCGCCCUACAGGUUCCUUUAUGGAUACAGUCUCACAGUUCUUUCUUGGGGGCAGUCCUCAGCUGAAAAAUCCUGACCUUAUAUACAGUGGGGCUGACCGGUACCGCCUGCACACCAUAGCCAUGGGCAAAGUUCAUCUGCGUAUUGGAAUCAUCCUCAGGAACUUUGACAAAUUUGGUAUUGAAUGUUAGGGUGUAUUCAGCCAUGUGGAAGUUUUGCAGACCCAACUCUCCUUAUGACUCUUACUGAUGUGACUCCUGAAGAAAACAACAUUUUUUUGUUUGUGUUUUGGAAGGCCAACAAAGCUGAGACUUUCCAUCUGACUCAGUCUUUCAUCAUGUAUUCACACAGCAUAAUCCCAUCUAUUAUUCCUUUUUCUAUUUUCUUGAUAUAUUAUGUCAUAAUGCUUAGUACAAAUACACUUUCUUGGGGGUGGGGUGGGGGGGGGUGUCAGGUGUAGCACAGGGUUUAAAAAAAAAAAUUAGUGGAAAGUGGCGAAGACCAGCUCAGUAUCAUUGUAUGAUACAUAACUGUAUAAUUCAACCCUGUAGGACAUAAAAAAUUCUAUUUUUUUUCCAAGGAAUUUCCACGGGAAUUAUUUGAACAUAAUGUAGCUAAUAUACCACUGUCUUCUGCUUGGCUUUGGCACAAGAUUGGCAGCAUUAAUCUUUUUCAAAUAUCUUAAUAAAGAUCUGCCUGAGAAAGUACUCAGAAAAUAUUCCAUUUUAAUGUAUAAUAGAAGCAAACCUGGAGCUUCUUGCUCUAACAGAGAAUGAAGAUUUGUUAACUAGACCCCGACUUAUUUUUAUCUUAGUUCAUCAGUUCCCUUACCCUUUAUCUAAUGAAGACUUGUAGAAAUUUGUUUAUUCUGAACCAUUAUCAUAUUUAUCUGAAAUACAUAAUUUGUAAUACUUUAUUGUAUGUUUUUUUUGUAUUAAAAUUAUUGGCAUUAAAGUCUUUGGCAAUGAUA